AUGCCUCAAAUAGCCCCAAUACUUUGGUUUUAUCUUUAUUUUUUUUUCCUAUUUACAUUUAUUAUCUUUGUUUCUUUAAACUAUUUUUUUAAACCUUUCGAAAAAAUUAAUUUUAAAAUUUCUUUUUCCCAUAUUACUCCUCAAUUUUUUUGAAAAUUAUAG